UUGGUUGGAGCGUUAUUUAAUUGCAUUUCGUAGCUCACCAAAUUACUGAAUAAAUUCAGUCGCGUUCGUCGCGUGGCCUCGACGACAUUCCGACUUCCAAACAGACAGAAUGGGAGAAUGGCUGGAAUCGUACGGAGAGGAGAUGUUCCUCGGAGAGUACAACAUGUCCAAGUUAAGAAUGGACGAUUGUUACUUAACAGUGGACAACCAAGUCUACGAGGGAGAGCUCUAUCUACAUAGCAGAUUCGUCGAGUGCGAAGCGUGUCCUCUUCUACCAGAAUCCGAUGAGCCCAUCUACAAAGGCGUUCCGAAAACCUUUAUAAUCAACACGGCGCACGACAAGUACUACAAGAUACGCGGACUCGACGAUGACGUCCCGAUCUACCAAGAAUUCCGCACGCUCAAAGAAUUCGGCGUUUACAAAUUCGACCAUCUACCACAUCUCAUCGAAGUGAAAACGCUCAAAGAACCAGUGAACAUAUAUUUCCCGAUCCUCACCGUUUUCCUGAUAUUCGCCUGCAUAUUUCUUCUAAUACCGAUCGGGAAAUUCCUUUGGAAACGUUACAAAUUGAAGAGAUCUGAUUUACCUGCAGCUGCGGUCGAGGAAAAAGCGAAAUCUAAGAGUAGGCUCAAAUCUCUUGACACUUUCAGAGGGAUGUGCAUAGUGCUGAUGAUCUUCGUGAAUUAUGGUCACGGUUCGUACGAGUUUAUAGAGCACGCGGUUUGGAACGGAUUGACCGUCGCGGAUCUCGUCUUUCCUUGCUUCAUGUGGAUCAUGGGCGUUUGCGUGCCGAUCGCCAUGAAAUCUGCAAUGAAAAAAUCCAUUCCCAAACCUAAGAUUUUCUUAAACAUCUUCAGAAGAUCUUGCAUUCUCUUCGCGUUGGGAUUGUUCCUGAACGCCGGUCGUUACCUCGACACUCUUCGAGUGUUCGGAGUGCUUCAACGUUUCGGAAUCUGCUAUUUCGUCGUGGCAACCGUUUGCCUUUUCGAAGCUAAACCUGACAAUUCCACAUCGAAUAACGUAUGGUCCAGACGUUUCAAGUAUAUCUUGAGCGUGAAAUACCAAUGGAUUUUCAUGCUGAUCCUCCUCUCAGCCUACAUCCUAAUCCUAGUUUUCCUCCAAGAGCCCGGAUGCGAAGCGUUUUAUCUGGGACCUGGCGGUUACCAUGAUAACGGAACGCAUUUUAAUUGCACCGGAGGCGCAACAGGUUACAUCGACAGAUUGAUUUUGGGCAAACACGUUUAUCAGCGCGCCGAAAUCAUAAACGUGUAUCAGGCUUUACCGCACGAUCCGGAAGGAAUUUUAGGAUGUCUUCCUUCGAUCUUCCACGUCUUUCUGGGCGUUCAAGCCGGAGCUAUUUUGCAAGCGCACAAAGGCCACAAACGUCGCUUGGCUCUUUGGCUUGUUUGGGCUGCGAUCUCUGGAAUCAUCGGUGGUUUGCUUUGCAACUUCAGCAAAGACGAUGGAUUGAUUCCAGUCAACAAGAAUUUAUGGUCUUUAUCGUUCGUCUUCGUGACCACUUGCAUAGCUUACAUAGUGUUGAGUGCAUGCUACUUGAUCAUCGACGUUCUCAAAUUCUGGACUGGAAAACCUUUCCUCUUUGCUGGGAUGAACGCAAUUUUUCUCUACGUUGGUCACAGUCUCAUACACACCAAUUUCCCUUUUCAUUGGUACGUUUCUCACGACCACGAGAAUUCUACGCAUUUCUGGCUGCUGUUGAAGAACGUCUGGGCUACCAGUCUUUGGGUCUUGGUCUCAUUCUACCUCUACAAAAUCAAGUUUUUCUUAUCCAUUUAAAUAUACACGUAUUUUAAAACUAGCUGUUAAGCUUUUAUAUAA